AAAUUAAUAAAAUUAUAUUUAUUAGAAAAAAAAUAUAUUAAAAGAGAUUGUAACACGAUAGAAGCCAUGUUCUUAUGUAGUGAAAGACGUGGCAAGAUUAUCCAAUGCCCAUAUCAAUGCACUAACCGAGAGUGGAUCCUCGUCAUCCCAUAGACAUAACAAUAGCUGCAGAGUGCAAUCAAUCAGUUGAAGAAAAGCGAUGAUUGGGUUAAUCGGAAGAAAGAUCAAUUUAUUGGGAAGUUCAGGAAGAAGGUGGUUGUGCUUGGGAGCCACAGCCACCACUCAUGGUGGGGCCAUGGAGGAUUUGCUUACUCAACUUCAAUCUCAAGUCCAAAAGGUUCUUGCUGGUGGAGGAUCCGAGGCAGUGAAGAGGAACAGAAGUAGGAACAAGCUUCUUCCCCGUGAAAGAAUCGAUCGCCUUCUCGAUCCUGGCUCUUCUUUCCUCGAGCUUUCUCAGCUUGCAGGACAUGACUUGUAUGAAGAACCAUUGCCUUCUGCUGGGAUAGUUACUGGGAUAGGUCCUGUGCAUGGGCGACUUUGUAUGUUUGUGGCUAAUGAUCCCACCGUUAAGGGAGGGACUUAUUAUCCUAUUACUGUUAAGAAGCACCUCAGGGCCCAGGAGAUUGCUGCUCAGUGCAAAUUGCCCUGCGUAUAUCUUGUUGACAGUGGAGGUGCUUUUCUUCCCAAGCAAGCUGAUGUGUUUCCAGACAGAGAAAACUUUGGUAGAAUAUUCUAUAAUCAGGCUAUAAUGUCUGCUCAAGGAAUUCCGCAAAUUGCAUUGGUAUUGGGUUCUUGCACUGCUGGUGGUGCCUAUAUACCUGCCAUGGCUGAUGAAAGUGUGAUGGUCAAGGGAAAUGGCACUAUUUUCUUAGCAGGCCCCCCUCUUGUUAAGGCUGCAACUGGAGAAGAAGUCUCGGCUGAGGAUUUGGGAGGUGCUGCUGUGCACUGCAAGACAUCAGGUGUUUCAGAUUAUUUUGCGCAAGAUGAACUCCAUGGACUUGCACUAGGGAGAAAUAUAAUUAAGAAUUUGCAUAUGGCUGGGAAAGAUGUCUUGGGAAAUGGAUCACAAAGUGUAAAUUCUGAAUAUAAAGAACCACUCUAUGAUGUCAAUGAACUCCGCUCUAUUGCUCCUACUGAUCUUAGGCAGCAGUUUGAUAUCCGAUCAGUUAUUGAUCGCAUUGUUGAUGGAAGUGAAUUUGAUGAGUUCAAGAAAUUGUAUGGCACUACACUUGUAACAGGAUUUGCUAGAAUUUUUGGGCAGCCUGUAGGAAUUAUUGGAAACAAUGGGAUUUUAUUCAAUGAAUCUGCUCUGAAAGGUGCCCAUUUCAUUGAAUUAUGUACUCAACGUAACAUUCCCUUGGUCUUCCUUCAGAACAUCACUGGAUUCAUGGUUGGCUCAAGAUCUGAGGCAAAUGGCAUAGCCAAGUCUGGUGCAAAAAUGGUGAUGGCUGUUUCUUGUGCAAAGGUACCUAAAGUCACUAUAAUUGUUGGAGGAAGCUUCGGUGCAGGAAACUAUGCAAUGUGUGGUCGUGCCUAUAGUCCCAAUUUCUUGUUCCUUUGGCCUAAUGCUAGAAUAUCAGUGAUGGGUGGUGCUCAGGCUGCUGGUGUGCUGGCUCAAAUAGAGAGAGGCAAUAAGAAAAGGCAAGGAAUUCAGUGGAACAAGGAAGAAGAGGAAAAGUUCAAAACGAAAGUCGUGGAGGCAUAUGAGAAAGAAGGAAGCCCUUAUUACUCAACAGCGAGGCUUUGGGAUGAUGGAAUCAUUGAUCCAGCGGAUACAAGAAGAAUCAUUGGUCUAUGCAUCUCUGCUUCCUCGAAUCGUGCCACUGAAAAUACCAAAUACGGUGUAUUUAGAAUGUGAUGUUGAAACUUUAUUCUUCACUAAAAAAUGCCGCAGCCUAACGUAUAUGUGAUACUAAGAAAGAGAAAGAGGGGUGGGUACAAAAUGUAAAAGGGAACAAGUGAAAUGGAGAACUACAUUUAUAAUAAAAAUCACUUUGGAUUCACAUUAAAAUCCUGCAUGCGGAUUGGUUCUUAUGCAAGAAUAACGCUCCUUUUGCGUUAAGAGUUGGACCAACACAUAAGUAGGAAUUGAAGAUGUAAUUGCAUAAAUUUAUUGGUGGGGUGGCGAAAGCUUCUUUGCAUUUGCAUGUGUGGGGUCAAAUUAUUUAGUAGGAGCUUUUGUGUAAAAGUUUUUUGGAUUAGUGACAACCACCUUGAGGACACCUUGAUUUUUAAGUUUGAGCAAUAAUAAAGUAU